GAUGCGGGUCUGAAUCAUAGUCUUGGCCUUGUUGAAUGUUACGAUCUCACACUUUAUAAGUAAGUGUAAGGUAUAUCUCUCGGAGAUAUGUAUUGCCUAUCCUAUGCGUCAGGCUUUCGGUGGGCAUUUGCGACAGCCAUAUACCGCCCCUAUUCGUUACUAUGCCGUGCUUGAAACGAUUUAUGUUAGCUGGCACGCUCGCCUUUGCAGUUUCCUUGGGCACCGCCAUUGAUAUCUCUGUGAGCUCAACAGGUGGCAAUGCUACCAAUGGCCAUCAAUAUGGAUUUUUGCACGAGGACAUCAACAACUCAGGCGACGGUGGCCUUUACGCUGAGCUAAUCCGUAACCGGGCCUUUCAAAUUAGCGAAAGGUUUCCUGCCACAUUGGAUGCCUGGCAUCCUGUGAAUGAUGCUAAGUUGUCACUUAAGAAUCUUAGCACACCAUUAUCUGACGUUCUGGUUACCUCGAUGAACGUUGCCACUGGCACGAAGCAGGGUGAAGUCGGCUUUCGGAAUGAUGGAUACUGGGGUAUGGACGUCAAGGCUGGCAAGAAGUAUAGCGGUUCAUUCUGGGUCAGCGGCGCUUACUCUGGCCAAUUUACUGCUUCGUUGCAAUCGAAUAUCACCGGGGAAACGUUUGGGACCGUGUCAAUACCAUCCCAGUCUAGCCGUGACCAGUGGAUAGAGCAUGAUUUCGAAAUAACACCUUUUAAAGAUGCCCCGAAUUCUAACAACACCUUCGUGCUCACUUUUGACGCUUCGGGGGUAGGGAAUAGCUCUCUCGAUUUCAAUUUGAUUAGUUUAUUUCCUCCUACAUACAACGGUCGAAAGAACGGAAUGCGCAGUGAUAUUGCCGAGGCGUUGGAACAACUUCACCCUACUCUUUUUCGUAUUCCGGGAGGCAAUAUGCUUGAAGGGUUGUCGAAUAGGACGUGGUGGGAUUGGAAAAACACGCUUGGUCCCUUGAAAAACCGGCCUGGCUUUUCCGGGGUGUGGGGAUAUCAGCAGACGAAUGGUCUAGGUUUGGUAGAGUAUCUAGAGUUCGCGGAAGAUCUGGGAAUGGAAGUUGUCCUGGCCGUUUACGAUGGUCUUGCUCUGAAUGGAGAUAUCACCCCACAGUCCGAACUGCGGGCCUUCGUCGACGAUGCACUGGAUCAAAUCGAGUUUAUCUGCGGACCGACAGACUCAAAAUGGGGUUCGGUCCGAGCUGAGCUAGGUCAUCCAGAACCGUGGAAUCUCCAAUACGUUGAGAUUGGAAACGAGGACUGGCUCGCCGGGGCACCACAAGGAUGGGAAACGUUUCGAGAAUACCGAUUCCCAAUGUUUCUCGACGCAAUCAACAAGUCAUACCCCGACAUCCAGGUUAUCUCAUCUGGAUCUUACUUUGACGGGUAUAACAUUCCCGAACCCGCAGGGGGUGACUAUCAUGUCUAUGCUGAGCCGGACAAGCUCGUCUUUGAAUUUUCAAAAUUUGACAACCUAAUGACGCCUCACCUUAUCGGCGAGAUGGCGGCGAUUCACCCAAACGGCGGCACUGGGUGGAAUGGCUCUCAGCAGCCAUUUCCUUGGUGGAUAGGCGCCAUUGGUGAGGCAGUAUCGCUCAUUGGUUAUGAACGUAAUGCGGACAGAAUCAUCGGUGCAUCAUACGCCCCGAUCAUCCGAAACAUGAACCGUUGGCAAUGGCCGAUAACUAUGAUACAAUUUACCGCUGAUACGGUUACCAGGUCAACGUCUUGGUAUGUCUGGGAGCUUUUGGCAGCGCACCCUUUGACUGAAACAUUGCCAGCGACCUCGGACUUUGGCCCACUCUAUUACGUGGCUGGUAAGAAUGACAGGACGGGUGGGAGGAUCUUUAAAGCAGCGGUUUAUAAUUCGACAGACGGUAUUGAUGUCCCUGUGAAAUUAUCGUUCGAAGGGGUAGCGCCAGGAACAGCGGGGGAGUUGACUAUUCUUACGGGACCUACAGACCCAUACGGCAUCAACAGCCCCUAUACCGGGGUGAAUGUUGUGAAGACGAAUAAGAAGACCGUUCAAGCUGAUAAAAACGGCACAUUCCAAUUUGCCUUACCUAACUUAAGCGUCGCAGUCUUGGAUACAAGCGCCCCCUUAGUAGAUUAGGAUCGCAAUGAGGAAUAUAUGGUCGAUGGAGAGGGUCUUCAUUCUAAGCAUAUGAACGUGAGCUGAGCGAACGCUGAUUUGCCGCAUUGCGGGUUUGCUUUCAUAGGCCAAUAGGGCCGCUCCGUUGUUUUUAAAUAUGAAGAAUUGGUUGCCAAGCAGUAGUCCAACGAGGUUGAGCUAUUAUUAGUACUUGCUGUUAACUGUUGAUUUUACCUAUUG